CUUCCGCUCACCACCAAUCCAUUUCCCACCCGUCUCCUCCCUCUUUCCUCUCCCUCCCCAUCCAUUCUUCCUUCCCCGAUGAACCUGUGGACGGACGACAACGCCUCCAUGAUGGAGGCCUUCAUGGCCUCCGCCGACCUGCCGACCUUCCCCUGGGGCGCCGCCGCCACGCCGCCGCCGCCCGCCGCCGUCCCCCUCCCCCUCCCCCACCCGCAGCAGCAGCCCGCCUUCAGCAACGACACGCUGCAGCAGCGCCUGCAGGCCAUCAUCGAGGGCUCCCGCGACACCUGGACCUACGCCAUCUUCUGGCAGUCCUCCGCCGACGCCACCGCCGGCGCCUCGCUCCUCGGCUGGGGCGACGGCUACUACAAGGGCUGCGACGACGCCGACAAGCGCCGCCACCAGCCCACCCCGGCCUCCGCCGCCGAGCAGGACCACCGCAAGCGCGUGCUCCGCGAGCUCAACUCCCUCAUCGCCGGCGGCGGCGCGGCCGCCACCGACGAGGCCGUCGAGGAGGAGGUCACCGACACCGAGUGGUUCUUCCUCGUCUCCAUGACGCAGUCCUUCCCCAACGGCUCCGGCAUCCCCGGCCAGACGCUCUACGCGGGCCAGCCCACCUGGAUCGCCACGGGGCUCGCCAGCGCGCCCUGCGAGCGCGCCAGGCAGGCAUACGUCUUCGGAAUCCGCACCAUGGUAUGCCUCCCCGUCGGCUCCGGCGUGCUCGAGCUCGGCGCCACCGACGUCAUCUUCCAGACAGCCGACAGCAUCGCCAGGAUCCGCUCACUCUUCAACCUCAACGGCGGAGGCGGCUCGGGAGCAUCCUCCUGGCCGCCCGUCGCGCCGCUCAACCCGCCCCCGCCGCAGCAGCAGCAGCAGCCGGUGGUGGUGGACCAGGCGGAGACGGAUCCGUCCGUGCUCUGGCUCACCGACGCGCCCGUCGGGGACAUGAAGGAAUCCUCCAUCUCGCCGCCAUCCGUCGAGAUCUCCGUCUCCAAGCCUCCACCUCCACAACCACAACAACCGUCUCAGAUCCACCACUUCGAGAACGGAAGCUCCAGCACGCUCACCGAGAACCUCCAGCAGCAGCAACCCCCACCACCACCGCGCCAGAACAACAACCAGUACCAGCUCCAGCAACAACACCAGCUCCACCAGCAACACCAGCUCCACCAGCAGCAGCAGCAGCACCUGCAGCAGCAGCUCCAGCACCAGCAAGCCCAGCAGGGCGGGCCCUUCCGCCGGGAGCUCAACUUCUCGGACUUCGCCUCCAACGCGUCCGUCGCGGUCACCCCGCCCUUCUUCAAGCCCGAGUCGGGCGAGAUCCUCAACUUCGGGGCCGACAGCACGGGCCGGAGGAACCCGUCGCCGGCGCCACCCGCCGCGGCCGCCAGCCUCACCACCGCGCCCGGGAGCCUCUUCUCGCAGCACACGGCCCCUCCUCCCAGCGACGUCAAGAACAGCAACAACCCCAAGCGGUCCAUGGAGGCCACCUCCCGCGCCAGCAACACCAACCACCACCCGACGGCCACGGCCAACGACGGCAUGCUCUCCUUCUCGUCCGCGCCCACCACCACGCGCCCGUCCACGGGCACGGGCGCGCCGGCCAAGUCCGAGUCCGACCACUCGGACCUCGAGGCGUCCGUCCGCGAGGUCGAGAGCAGCCGCGUCGUCCCGCCGCCCGAGGAGAAGCGGCCCCGCAAGCGCGGCCGCAAGCCCGCCAACGGGCGCGAGGAGCCGCUCAACCACGUCGAGGCGGAGCGGCAGCGGAGGGAGAAGCUCAACCAGCGCUUCUACGCGCUGCGCGCGGUCGUGCCCAACGUGUCCAAGAUGGACAAGGCGUCCCUGCUCGGCGACGCCAUCUCCUACAUCAACGAGCUCCGCGGCAAGAUGACGGCGCUCGAGUCCGACAAGGACACGCUCCACUCCCAGGUCGAGGCGCUCAAGAAGGAGCGCGACGCCCGGCCGGCCGCGCCGCCGCCGUCAUCAGCAAUGAUGCACGACACCGGAGCGCGGUGCCACGCCGUGGAGAUCGAGGCCAAGAUCCUGGGGCUGGAGGCCAUGAUCCGCGUGCAGUGCCACAAGCGCAACCACCCGGCCGCCAAGCUCAUGACGGCGCUGCGGGAGCUGGACCUGGACGUGUACCACGCCAGCGUCUCGGUCGUCAAGGACAUCAUGAUCCAGCAGGUGGCCGUGAAGAUGGCCACCCGGGUCUACUCCCAGGACCAGCUCAACGCCGCGCUCUACGGCCGCCUCGCCGAGCCCGGCGCCGCAAUGCCAAUUCGGUAAAACCGAAUUCCAUCCACCAGGUAGCGAGGAAGUCACUCACUCACCCCCGUAUGAUCAUCGUCAGUCGUCAUCAGUUACCGGCGCCGCUAUAGCCAAGCCAGACAUCCAUCCAGAAGAUGGAGAAAGAAGACGAUGAUCAUCACCAUGUUGUAAAAUGUCUCUUCAUUAGGAGGAAGGAUGGAUGAUGAUAGUCAGCUGCUGGAGCUUGCUGCUCAUCAUCGCCGUCGUCAUGUUGUGUUUUUGCUAGUAGUGUGUUAGCAGAAAAUCAAGCGCCCGAUUUCAUUAUACCCUGAUAUGUUAUGACUCCUGUGAUCGAUGAUGGAUCGGCGUAGUCUUACAUUGAAAACUGUAUAUAGGACAAGAUGGAUUGCCAUCGGUUCCUCUAGUGCUCGUUGUACCCGUCCCCUCCUGCCUGAUUGUAUGUACUGUUUCUUGGCCUCCCACCAAGAGAGCAGGAUGAUAAUGAUAUCGCUUGAAAUCUGAAAUGGUUCUGGCGUUUGUUUA